AUGAUGAUGCGAACGGAGACCACUACCUACAGGAACUGCUUGCAGAAUAUGGUCUUGUCGAGCACCUUCGACAUGGUCAUGGCAGCAGCUAUCCUUACGAACACCGUCUUUAUUGGUGUGGAGGUACAAUGGUCCAUCUCUAACCCCGGCAUGCAGCAUCUCACGUUUCAGGUGAUUCGGGACGUGUACACCCUCAUUUUUACGGUCGAGCUCUUCCUUCGCCUGGCCGCCACUGGGUGCGACUUCUUCUGCUCCGGUGACUGGCGGUGGAAUCUGCUGGACCUGGUCAUCGUGCUCAGCUCGUGGUGGGAGACAUUCAUCGAGCUCAGCAUCUAUAUGCAGGGACCCGGCAGCGGAGGAGGCCUAGACCCCGUGAGCGGGAUGACGGGACUUCGUACUCUGCGUAUCGUCCGCAUCACUCGGCUAGUGAAGAUCGCCCGUAUCACCCGCGUGCUGCGCGUCAUCAUGGCCCUCCGGACGCUGACGCAGUCGAUCAUCUACACCCUGAAGUCGCUGAUCUGGGCGAUGAUUCUUCUCGUCCUGAUUGUUUACGUCUUCGGCAUCUUGUUUGCCCAGGCAGUGAAUGACCAUCUGAUGGACACAGAUGUUCGCCCACUGACCGACGAGGAAGUGGCUGCGGCCAGAAGAUACUUCGAUGACCUACCGCAAACGAUGCUCAGCCUGUUCAUGAGCAUCGCCGGUGGAGUGAGCUGGGAAGAGGUAGUUCUGCCUCUGCGAGCCAUCUCCGUCGUUUGGGUGGUGAUCUUUCUGACGUACGUAUCUUUCACGUAUUUCGCUGUGCUUAAUGUGGUCACUGGUGUUUUUUGUCAGAGUGCCAUAGACAGUGCCCAAAGCGACCAUGACAUGGUCUUGCAGUCCAUCCUUGCAAACAAGCAGGCCCACAUCGAGAAGAUCCGAUAUCUGUUCAGCGAGAUCGAUCAGGAAGACUCCGGCGUGAUCACCUUUCAGAUGGUGCUUCGCAAUAGACUGCCGGCAACCUUGGCCUACGAGGCACUGCUGCGAGGCCUCCAGACACCGCCGGGAAAGGCGGUUCAGAACGCGAGCGCGGACGUUGCUCCGCAGUUUUGUCGAAAACCCCUCUACGUCUACACGAACGACUGUGGAGCAGGCGUGCAGCAGACUGGAGGGACACCACUCGCGAAGUACCUUACCGGCGAAGGCAAGAAGACUUUGCCGCACCUGGUUCGACGCGAUGCCCAACCAGGGACGAACCCAGCCGUGGACAUGCGGAACAUGCCGACGCCAAAACAAGGGCACGCAAGAAUAUUGCGGUGGCUGUGGAAGCCACUGGCAAUCCAAGCCCUACUGGACGGGAGCCGCCUCGGCCCCACCCUGGAAGGGCGGAGCAGCGUGGCAAACCCCGGCAUCGCCACGGAGGCCCAAGUCGCCGAGGAGACGCGGUGGCAAAGGGCAGCAACCUACCGCGCCGGGUCCGAGUUCAGGGCCGGACUUCCAGCGCCACCUCCGCUACCGGUGGCAGCGACGAAGGAGGCCUCCAGAGAACCUGUGACGACGGCCCCCACAGAUGGUGGUGCCGAGAGACAGAUCCUGCAGCAGCUCCUCCAGGCCCUGGGCAACCACCAGGAGGCCCUACCGGAGUCUGUUCGGACGAUCAUGGCUCAGCAGGGGCGCAUGGAGACGCAGGAUCACGCCAAGACCCUCCACCGCACUGUUUCAGCGCAGGCUACAGCGCGCAGGGAGCUCCAGCGGAUCCGGCAAGCUCGGACGAGUUUCCUGGCUUCCUGGCACAAGUACAUCGCCGACCUCACGACUCUGGUCACGCAGCAGGUCGAUGCACAAGGCCAGACCCUCGCCGACCUGGACGAGCAGGAGGAGCAAUGGAGUGGGAAGCUUGGCGAGGCCACGGCCAACCUAGCCAAGCUCGCUGCAGAUGGCAUCAAGCAGGAAGCCAAGGGAUCGAUGGAGGUCGAAGACCUGGACCCCGACGAGGUCGGGGAGCAGCGGGUGAUGGACGCCAUCGCUACCCAGCAAGAACUCGAACAGCAGCGGAAGACUCACCAGCAAGCCGCGAUCGACUUGGUGGAGGCGCUGAAGCAAGCCAAAGACAAGGCGGCGCAGGAGAUCGAGCUCAGUCAGGGCAACCGAGAACACUCGCGUACACCCCGACGAGGAGGACAGAACACUGUGGAUGUAUCUUCAUCGGAAAGUGUCAAAGAUGGCAACACCUCCGAGCACUCCAAGCAGUCUUCAUUCAGCCUCCCCCUCAGGCGGUCUCCGGCGUGGACAACCUUCCACGCUGACAGCCGAUGCUCUUUACACAGUGUCCUCGAGGACCCAACGUUUGUGUCGCCAGCCCGCGCGCAAACACAGGCCCUCCUGCUCCAGUACGAGGUCUUGCACGACUGGACGCUCAUGCCGGCGACACUCUGGGACCCGCGCUCGGAGGCCCACACCGAGGAGCACUUUGGAGCCGCCGGGGCUCCUCUCCUGCGUAUCUGUGACCCGUUGCAUGGCGCAGGGGAGUGCAAUGCAGGUUUGUUGUGCGAGCUGUCCACAUUCCGGGACUGGUCUCCUCCCAUGGCCCUUGAGGAGAUAGGUCCUGACGAGGUGGAUGGCUCGCUGCGAGCCUGUAUUCGCGAACCUUCGAGCCAGCAUCUGAGGCCAGCCACUGAGCCGCCUUGCCAUGUACAGCCAUUUUCCAUCAAGGGUGUACAGUUUGCGACAUGCCAGCAAGUCUGGCAUUUUCGCGGGCAGGAUCGCCUCAAUCCUCAGACUCGUACGGCCCCUCCUCCACACCUCCUCCGGAGUGCACUUCGUCGACCUACCGAGUCGACACCUUCCCCCUUGUCCUCCGUCGUUGGCACCACCAGCCACACGGAGGUUCGUCCUCGCAAGCAAAUGUCUGUGCAGCCUGCUGCUUGCACGACGACACUAUGCGCACAGACGCCGGCGCCUGGUCCUCCUAGCAGCCGUUGCAAGGGCGGUUCCAUGUCGAGCCUUGACGGUUUGCUUCCACUUCCUGACACCGAAGUGCCUGCGAACGCGGGGGACACACAACCCGGCAUCAGUGAGAGAUGGCCCCUCGUACGGCCACCUGGCUUACUCGGACAGCUCAGACCCCCGCGUCCAUCUGCCAUCGCACAUAUGCGCAUCCAGGCCAUGGACGUUCAGCCGAUUGACCUCCUUCGCUACCCUCUCUCGGAGCUGCCGCUCUGGAACCUCAAGAUCCUCACGGACAGCACGCAACCUGAAGGAGGCAUCUGCAAGUAUACAUGCAUGGAGCGCCUCCAUCAUGUCACUACCAGGCGGGGGGCCGAUGACUGGUCCUUGGCUGAUUUUGUGGCCGAUGCGGUUCGCACCGCCCGGGUCCUGCUGCCGCCCAUGGCUAACCUGCCGGAGCCACAGAUUGUUGUCACGGCCCGCGCGGUACCAAUCGGCCACCUUGUGGUCCCAGUGGACUUGCGCAGGCUCGGCGGUAAAAUCUGUUGCAUGGCUGUUCGGCCUGGCAUGGAGGCUACCGAGCUUAUCAGCGAAGUCAUACAGUUUUGUGGACGACCCCCGGACCAGGCGCUGCAGGCUGACCAGGCACAGGCCCUCUUCCUUCAGGAUCCUUUGGGGCGCGUCUGGGAUCGGAUGCCUGCCGACCUGGAGACUGUUGGAUGGUUGCAGCUCCAGGUCGACCACACCCGCCUGUUUGCGGAUCCACUGCUCAGGGGUGUACCUCCGGAUAACCCUUUCGCGGCACAGGACACAACUUCCACUACUACUGAGAUGUUGCCGCUCGUGUCCCAGGGCUCGCAGGUUAUCUUCGUGCUAACGGGCUGUGGAGCUACUGUGCGUUCUCAGCCUCAGAGCAUCGCCACGGUGAAUGUGCAGCAAAAUGUGCAGGAGUUGGUGCAGGCUCACGCGCUGCAAGGCACGAUUCCGCCAGGAGCCAGGUUACAGCUUGUUUCUGCCUGCCCCAUGUCGCGCAUCGCUGGGGUCACCAUUGUGCCUCUGUUAUGCUUCCCGGAUGAUGGCGAUGUGCAUAUCGUCUAUGAUGCCAGCACCUGUGGCUCCCUUUUGCAUGCCAUGACCGUGAACCCGGGCACCAUGCCCAGGGAUGUCCUCAUGCCAGCGCAGCAUGACCGAGGCAUGAUCGUUACAGUCAACGGAGUUCCGAUGGCCGCACAGCAUCGACCCUUGGCAACAGGUGACCUCGUACAGCUCAUCGCGAACCCUGACAUCUUCACCGCCGUGCCGGCCAUGCAUGUCACGCGGGAGAUCCACAGGCUCCGCUUCCUUGCACACCCCAUGCGGCUUCCCAGACUCACGCGCCCUACCACGGCGCAUUAUCCAGAGUGGCAAGCGCAGGCUGCGGGAGCCAUGGCCAGAUUUUUCGACGCGCGGUUCGCUGAGCACAGACUGCUGUUUGGUGUGCCAGACGGCGAUACCACGCCUGUGUAUGUGAUAGGCGCGCAACACCCUCCAUUGCUGGUGUACAUUGGUCAGCCUCUAACCCCUGAACCUGAAGAGGCACUGUGGCACCUGCAUCAGCUCGGUCUGCUGCCAAGGGGCACUCGUCUGGCGGAUCCGCGCACAAUGGCGUCAAUGGUGCCAGUCUUCGUCACGAUACCGGCCGGCGCGCUUUUCGCGACUAUGAUCAUGCCAGCGCCGGGUCACCCCUUGGACUUCCUUACUUUCGCCAUGCCUAGGGGCAGGGAGCUAGGAGGGUUGACUUUGCCGGCUACUAGGGGAUGGCGUGUGGUACCACCACCACAUGCCGCCGAUGGGGCUGUUGCAACACGGGUCCGAGAUGGCGACCCCACCGAUCCGCAUCCAAACCUCAUGCGGCGAGUGAGAACUCACCUGGACCCUCCUCCCCGAGCAACCCCCGUGCUAGGCCCAGGCCGGCCUCGGCCGCUAGCAGUUCGAGAGGCUCGCGCGAUGCUGGCCCCUCUCCUGGCAGCUCUCGACCAGGCCAGCCCCCAGAAGAGCCAGACACUGACGAUGGCGGAGGCCCCUCCACAACCUAAGGCGCCGGCGAACCCUUGUACCCAGGCUGCAGAGGUGGAUCACGCAGGUGCAGUGCAGGACAGCAAGCCCACAGGCCGCGUGCGACAGCAAGUUGCGGAUCUGGAGGCCACCAUUGCAGCUGUGAAGAUGCCCGUUGCCACCCCUUUUGGCCGUCGUGUGAUACCAGCUGCCAACGGGCGUACGGCCGACCCGGGCUGCAACUCCCUGCACCAACAGGGCCCCGCCGGUCGUAUCCUGCAGCCCGCCUCCUUCUCGACAACCACUCCUUCUGCCGCUGUCCCUCCCGUGGGGACCGGGAGCAUGCCGCCUGCCGUGCUUGCGCUCGACUCCCUGGUGCAACCACCGAAGCCGUGCAUAGGGUGGGCCAUCGACCAUGAAAUAGCAGCCCAGUGCCUCAGCUCACAUGACCUUGCUGGCCUGUACACAGACCUGUCCCCAUUGGAGGCUGACCUGCGGGCCCCUACGGCUGCCUGGUGCACCCUUCCGUUGUGGGACCCACAGGCCCGGUGCGAUGAGGUCUUCAUUUUCACAGACGGCUCCUACUAUGGGCCACACGCCAGCGCCUCCUGGGCUAUUGUUGUUGUGGUCCGCCAAGGCGCCCGAGUUUGCAGAGCUGGCUUUCACGCGGCCACUGCGCAUCUAGCCACUGUGGGCAAGGAAUCCGCCUUCCAAGGCGAGCUUGAGGGCCUCAUCCACGCGGCCGCUUUUGCAUGCACCACAGGUGCGAGGAUUGUUCACAUUGCUAGUGACUGCCAGUCCGCUCUGGACUUGAUAUCGUCGGCAGGUGGCGACAGCCCGUCCCACCCGGCACCCAGAGCACUUUUGGGGCUUCUCAAUUUUGCGCACUGCUCUGGUAUACAGGUCAUUCUUCAUAAAGUCGAGGCCCAUUCGGGAUGUGGCCUCAAUGACCUUGCUGAUGUGCUGGCCAAGCAGGCAGGUCGAUCGGGAUGCGCUGACCCAUGGCCCUGGAAUAUCUCUGCGUUCACUGCUGCUGUUCGCGAGUAUGUACCAGAACGGCUGUGGUUGCUAUGUGCGACAAUGGCCGCCUGUACCGGGCUCCCUCCCCUACAGGACAACGGCACGUGGGCCGACACUUGCCAGCGUAUCGGGGAGCGGCCACCGCCACUGCUUCCCGUUGGAUUCCUUGGGGACCCUCAGCCUCCCAAACAGUGUCGGUUGCCACUGCAGAUCCUUACCUAUAAUGUCCUUUCUCUGAAGGGAGUUGCUGCGCAUGAGCUCAUGGCCAAGGGUCUCCGUGCCCACAGCGUGUCCUUCGCGGGGUUUCAGGAGACCCGGGAGCAGCGGUCCGGUUUCAGCAAUUCCCAAGGCUGGUGGGUACUCAGUGCCAGCUGCGAUGAGGCUGGCGCAGGUGGCACACAGGUCUGGAUCAACCCGAAUCAACCAGGCCUAACCUGGGACCGCCAGGCCAUAUCCAUCCUGAGUGCCAGGCCACGGUGUCUGGUUGUCCUGACUCGCGUCAACGGCCUGGACUUAGCCAUUGUUGUUGCGCAUGCCCCGACUGCGGUGAGCUCCCCGGAGCAGAUUGAUGAAUGGUGGGAAUACUUGCACAGUCAGGUCCGGAGGAUCCCGCCACGCUUUGUGCUCAUAACCUGCAUCGAUGCCAACGCCCGCUUUGUUCAAGAUCCGGCCCACCCGGACACGUUGGAGGCGACGGCCCAGACCAGGAAUAGUGAGCACCUCCGAGACUUCGCACAUGCGACAGGGGCUGGCAUCAGCCAGCAGUUUUCCCACACUGGUGUCCCGCUGACUUCCUGGCGCAGUCCCUCCGGACACUCGGCUCUGCUGGACUAUAUCCUGUUUCCGCGCGCGUGGCGCCCUGCUGCGGUUACACUGGACACCCCGUGCCUUAAUGACCUUCACUGCGAUGUUGACCAUUUCCCGGUGCACUUGAGCCUAAAUGUCACUUGUGACACGAGUGUCAGACCGGACGUUCCCAGGGUCAGCGCCGAGGCACUGCGCACGCCUCAUGGCCAAGCUUGUGUCAAAGCCGCUUUCGCAAGUCUCCCUGCCAUCCCAUGGAGUACGGACACGACGAGCCACCUGGAUCUCAUCCAUCGCCACCUCCAUGCCUGCUUGAAGACACUGCCUCCGGCGCCCCCUAAGCCGCGCAACCCGGCGCUCACUGAAAGCACCAUUGCUUUGGUUGUCCAAAAAAGGCAUGCCCGUCGUUGUCUCCGCACUGUAAAGCUGCGCACUGCACGCCUCCAGGCAGCGGUCAGCAACAGGCCGGCCACGGAGUGCGAAAGCCGCCAGCUGGAGACACAGCUUCGCUUGGAAAAAUGGCAUGCAACCAAAUGCCGUGAGAUCCGGGACGAGCUCACAAAGGCCAUCUUACAAGACAGAGCUUGUUUUGCCCGCAAGGCCAUUGCAGAUGCGCGAGACCAGGGGCCACGCGAAUUUUCGCACAAGCUCCGAGCUGUUCUCAGGACGGGCCGCAAAUUCCGAAGCCCCCCGCUCCUUCCGGUCCUUUGUACUGCCGACGGGGAGCGUGCCGGCCGUGAGGAUGUGAUGGAUGAGUUCGCACGCUUUUUUGCUGAGCCAGAGCGCGCACGUCCUGUUCCCAUCAAAAGCCUCUUGGCGCAGGCUUCCGAGCCUGACAUCGCCCACGAGCCUCUUGACGGCGAGCAGCUGCCUAGUGUCAUCCAGCUAGCGGCUGCUUUCGGACACCUCAAGCCUCACAAGGCACCCGGCAUCUCUAAGCUGCCUUCUGAAGUCUUCCGGGUUGAUCCCAUGGCGAGCGCAAGGGCAGUCUGGCCUGUUUUGGCCAAAACUGCCGUCCGCGACAAAUUUCCGUUCCAGUGGAGGGGCGGAGCUGCGGCCGCCGUUCCCAAACCUGGCAAAGACGGGACGACACUCGGAGGCUUCAGGUCGGUCUUGCUCCUGGAACCUACCGCAAAGGCUGCACAGGUUGCCCUACGACCCAUGAUCCACCGCACUUUCGUCGGCAUCAAAACCGCCACCCAUUAUGGUGGAGUUGCCGGAGCGCCCAUUUCACUCCCGGCUUUGUGCGCCCGUGCGCACCUGCAGCACUUGCAGCACACCAAAGGUUGUGGUGGAGCCAUUUUCGUGGACUGCAGAGCUGCUUACUACAGCAUCGCACGUGAAGUGCUCCAUGCGUCCCCCCAGGAGCUUCAAUCUGAUGCCUGGGUGCGGGACAGGGCCAAGAUCUUUUUCACGGAUCAGGGGCAACAGGAUGCCUUCAUUGCCGCCCUCCGUGACCACGCGGUCCCCGACCUCCUGCGCCAACAGCCAGUCCUCGCCACCCUGCUGAGGAAACAGCUAGACGGGACAUGGUUUUCAGGCAGGAUAGACUCACCGGAUGUAAUGCAAGCGGAAAGCGGCACGGUCCCGGGAUCGCCAAUUGCCGAUCUUCUUUUCGGCCUCGCCUUCCAACACUUCCUGCAUUCCAUCGAGGAUACCUUGGCUGAGCAAGGAUGCCAGGCCUUUGCUACCUUCAGCUGCGGGCAACCUGCUGAUGCAGAGGACUCGUCGGCCCCGACCUGGGCGGAUGAUGUCUGUAUCUUGUUUCAAACCUCCCGGCCUGAGGACGUGUCUCCCGCAGUGGCCACCAUCAUGGCCGGGGUCACACACGGCAUGAACAUCCAGGGGCUUGAAGCUAACCUCGGGGAAGGCAAAACCGAGGCCAUGGUCGUGGUGCAUGGCCAAGGCUCUCAGCAGGUGCGCCGAGACUUGCUCUGCACGCCACAACCCACCAUCUGCUUCCCCGGACCCCAGGGUGAACAGUGUGUCCGCCUCGUCCCUGAGUACAUUCACCUGGGUUGUGUCCUCCGAGCAGAUGGCAGUGAUCUUCCGGGUCUUUUCCACAGGGAGCGCCAGGCAAUGCUCCUCUACAGACCCAUCCGCAGGCGACUUCUUUCAAACCCGUUUCUCACCGAGGUCGAAAAGUGUGGACUCUUGAAGUCUCGCAUCCUCCCUUGCUUUCUGCACGGGGCAGGACUGCUGGUCCUUGCCACCUCACGUGAGCGGGCCAAGUUUGAAGACACCAUCUACCGCUUAUAUCGCGGAGCAUUUCGCCCCAUUCUGGGCGUGUCCUGCACUGGCUUCACCAACCUUGAGGUUGUUUCUGCCCUAGGGAUGCCGACACCCGAAGAGCUGCUGCUCACGCACAGAGCAAGGACCCUGGCAGAGGCAGCACGCGCAGGCCUGUGGCAGGUGCUGCGCUGCCUUCGCUCCACCGGUUCUUGGUGGGAACGUGCGGUCGAGGCUGCCCUCACCCUAGGUCUACUGAACCGGAAGCCGGAGGAUGUGGACGAUUUGCGGAAGGUGCUACGCACUGAUCGCGGUCUUGUUUCGCGACUGUGCCGAACUUUCUUGCACAAACGCCGCAAGGGACGCAGCUUCGACCGCAACCUGCUCGCCGCGCGCGAGGCGCCGGACGCAGCUACAGUCUUGGCUGCCGUCGGACCAGGACUCCCCUGGGCCUGUCCACAGUGCAGCAACUCUUACGCCUCAUAUAGGCAGCUCACUGUCCACCUGGCGCGACGACACAAGUGCCGCACCCUUGCGGUGCAGAGUGCCUUCGGCACUAGCUGCCAGCGCUGCUCCCGCGAGUUUUGGACAUUGCGGAGGUUGACCGAACAUUUGUCCCGUUCGAAGCCUUGCCUUGCCGCAUACCACGAGUCUGAUAUCUGUCCUGAGGCGCCUGCCCCCACGUCAGGUUCUUACGCGUGGAGACCGGCAACCGCGGUUGCUGGCCCUCAGCCCUUUUGGGCAACCUUAAACCCGGAUAUCGGUGAAACCGGGACGGGGGUUGUCUCUUAG